AUGGGCUCGGCUGGGACGGACUGGGCCGUGCUGGGCCGGGGCGCGUCGGGCUGGGGCUGGGCAGGGCUGGGCUGGGCUGGGCUAGGCUGGGCUGGGCUGUGCCGGGCUGGGCUGGCCUGGGCUAAACUGAGCCGGGCUGUGCUGGGCUUGGCUGGGCUGGAUUCGGCUGGGCUGGGUUGGGCUGUGCUGGGCUGGCCUGGGCUGGGCUGGGCUGGGUUGGGCUGGGCUGGGCUGGGAUGGGCAGGGCUGGGCUGGGCUGGGCUGGGUUUGGCUGGGCUGGGCUGGGAUGGGCUGGGCUGGGCUGGGCUGGGCUGGGUUGGGCUGGGCUGGGCUGGGCUGGGCUUGUCUGGGCUGGGAUGGUGGCUAGGCUGGGCUCUGCUGGACUGGGCUGGGCUGGGCUGGGCUGGGCUGGGCUGGGCUGGGCUGGGCUGGGCUGUGCUGGGCUGGGCUGGGCUGGGCUGUGCUGGGCUGCGCUUGGCUGUGCUGGGCUGCGGUGGGCUGGGGUGGGCUCUGCUGGACAGGGCUGGGCUGCGCUGGGCAGGGCUGUGCUGGGCUGGGCUGGGCUGGGCUAGGCUGGGAUGUGUUGGGCUCGGCUGCGGUGGGCUGGGAUGGGCUGGGCUGUGCUGGGCUCGGCUGUGGUGGGCUAGGCUGGGCUCUGCUGGACUGGGCUGGCUUAUCUUAGGCUGGGCUGGGCUGCGCUGUGCUGUGCUGGGCUGGGCUGGGCUGGGCUGGGCUGGACUUGGCUGUGCCGAGCUGGGCUGGGGUGGGCUGGGAUGGGUUGUGCUGUACUGGGAUGGUCUGGACUGGGCUCUGCUGGACUGGGCUGGGCUGGGCUGUGCUGGGCUGGGCUGGGCUGGGCUGGGCGCGGCUGGCCUGGGCUGCGCUGGGCUUGGCUGGGCUGGGCUGGGCUGGGCUGGGCUGAGCUGGGCUAAGCUGGGCUGCGUUGGGCUUGGCUGGGCUGGGAUGGGCUGGGCUGGGCUGGGCUUGGCUGGGCUGUGCUGGGCUGCGCUGGGCUGGGCUGGGCAGGGCUGGGCUGUGCUGGGCUGGGCUGGGCUGGGCUGGGCUGCGCUGGGCUGCGCUGGGCUGGGCUGGGCUGGACUGGGCUGGGCUGGGCAGGGCUGGAAUGGGCUGGCCUGGGCUGUGCUAAGCUGGGCUGGGCUGGGCUGGGCUGGGCUGUGGUGGGCUGGGGUGGUCUCUGCUGGACAGGGCUGGGCUGCGCUGGGCUAG